GUUAGAGCAGUAAAUACUGCAAUGGGCAGUAAAGACACUACAUUAAGUACAGUUACUACAACAUCAACUGUUACAGUUUCUGCAAAUAGAAUGAAUUCAUCCAUCAAAAAGAAUAGUGGAAAUAAUGAGAAUUUAAAAUCUAACGAACAAUUAACAAAGAAUACAUCAAUUGUAACUACAAAUCAAUCUAGUUCUACUUUCAGUAGUGUACGAGGAGUUACUGCAGCUUGUGUUAGUGGUAAUGUUCCUCACGAGAGUACCUCUAAGCCCAAAGAUUAUUCUACUAAAAAGUUUUCUAGUGAAAUCGAUUCGAAAGUGAAGAACUAUCAAAUACAACCUAACUACAAAGAAUCGUCCAUAAAUAAUCAGGAUUACAAGGCGAGAAAUAGCACAACUAUUAAUAACUUAUCAUCGAGAUUUGUAAAUCAAUCAUCUGUUCAAGUGAUGCACAGGGAGAACCAUGGAACAUCUUCUAGUACGCAUCAGUCUCGACCAGCGUCACGGAAUGAUAAUACCGCGUUUGCUGUAGGUAGGAAAGCAUUAGAGCAACAAAAUCCGGCGUCGAAGAUGACACCAAUAAAUUUUCCACCAUUGCGUGCUCCACAAAGUAUCGUAAAUGUGCGUCAUCCGUUUGUCACAGAAGCGAGAACUAAACAUAAUGAAAUUGGUGGUCCAAACUCCAAAUCGAAAUUGAAUGUAGGAAGUUCUUUGCAAAGUGGUGUGAAAGAUCUCGAUCAUAGUAGACAAACCUUUCAUAGCUAUGGCACUUCACAGAUCGCUGGUAUUCCUAGUGUUCAAAAUUUAAGCAACGUUACAGCGAAUAUGUCGCCUUAUCCUAGGCCGGAAAGUUUCCCUCAACCAACCGUUGCAAGUGUGCUAUUUCCCGAUACUUCUCAGUUUCCUCAGUCACCCCCAUUUAGUACAACGCAAAUUGGACAGCUGAAUCAGUAUCAGACUUAUGAUCCUGGCAGUUUUGCAACUACACCAGUGAAUGUAAACCCAGUAAUCCCACAAUUCUCUGCAGAAAGUUCCAUUCCGUAUCCGCAGUAUGAUAAUCCUCCUCAAUUCGUGCAACCUAAUCAUUAUCCGACGGCGGAUAUAGCAAAUAGUCAAUAUCAAUAUCAAGCCGCGGGUGUGGGGCAAUUGCAGGACUCACCGAUGUUUAUACAAAGCCUGCAGAGUCCAAUCGCCGUAACAGAUCAAUAUGCUGCUCCAAAUUAUGCCAGGACAGUAAGAGCAGAACUGAUUCCACGAUUGAGGAGGCCACCAAGAUUUAACAAGUGAAAAUGAUUUUUUGCAACAAACCGCGCACGCGUGAACGUACUUAUCAGUGCAUAAAAAGUAAAAUAAAAUAAAAGUAAAAUGAAGAACAAAGUAAGUAAAAUAAUA